CCAAACCAGAUCUCCCUGGAAGAGAACAUCUUGGUCUCCCGUUAUAUUAACAACCCCCUACUCAUAGAUGAUUUCAAGUUUGACCUGCGCCUCUAUGUGCUGGUGACUUCCUAUGACCCUCUUGUCAUCUAUCUCUAUGAAGAAGGAUUAGCUAGGUUUGCAACCGUGCGGUAUGAUCAAGGAUCUAAGAACAUUCGGAAUCAGUUCAUGCACCUAACAAAUUACAGCGUGAACAAGAAGAGUGGAGACUAUGUGAGUUGUGAUGAUCCAGAAGUGGAGGAUUAUGGGAACAAAUGGAGCAUGAGUGCCAUGCUUAGGUACCUGAAACAAGAAGGCAAGGACACAGCUGCACUGAUGGCCCAUGUGGAAGAUCUGAUCAUUAAGACAGUCAUCUCUGCUGAACUUGCUAUAGCCACUGCCUGUAAAACCUUUGUUCCUCAUCGCAGCAGUUGUUUUGAACUGUAUGGCUUUGAUGUGCUCAUAGAUAAUACUCUGAAGCCAUGGUUGUUGGAAGUGAAUCUCUCUCCUUCUUUGGCCUGUGAUGCACCUCUGGACCUAAAGAUUAAAGCCAGUAUGAUUUCAGAUAUGUUCACUGUUGUAGGAUUUGUGUGCCAAGAUCCUGCACAGUGGACGACUACCCGUUCAAUUUAUCCCACCUUUGAGUCUUCCAGAAGAACCCCUUUUCAGAAACCUCAGCGUUCCCGUCCACUCUCUGCCAGUGAUGCAGAAAUGAAAAACCUUGUGGCCUCAGCCCGGGAGAAGGUACCGGGGAAGUUAGGCGGUUCUGUGCUUGGUCUGUCCAUGGAGGAGAUCAAAGUUUUGCGGAGGGUAAAGGAAGAGAAUGAUCGGAGAGGAGGAUUUAUUCGCAUAUUUCCUACAUCUGAGACGUGGGAAAUAUAUGGGUCCUACCUCGAGCACAAGACCUCCAUGAACUAUAUGCUGGCAACGCGCCUCUUCCAGGACAGGGGAAACCCAAGAAGAAGCUUACUGACAGGAAGAGCACGGAUGAGUACUGAUGGAACAGCAGAAUUGAAGGUGGAGAGCAUGAAUUCCAAGGCCAAGCUGCAUGCUGCGCUUUAUGAGAGGAAGCUCCUGUCUCUGGAGGUGCGAAAACGUAGACAACGGAGUGGAAGAUUGAGGGCUGUGAGACCAAAAUACCCAGUGAUUACCCAGCCAACUGAAAUGAAUAUUAAAACUGAGACAGAGAGUGAAGAAGAGGAAGACGUCGGAUUAGACAAUGAAGAUGAAGAGCAGGAAGCUUCCCUAGAAGAGUCUGCGGGGUCUCUAGGCGAAAAUCAAGCCAAGUACACACCUUCAUUGACUGCUAUAGUAGAAAAUUCUCCCAGAGAAAAUCCCAUGAAAGUUGCUGACUGGAAUAAUAGAGGUGGCCAGUGCUGCAAAAUUGAGACUCAAAAGCCAGAGUCUAAAUUUAAUCUGAUGCAGAUUCUGCAAGACAAUGGAAACCUAAGCAAAGUGCAGGCCCGGUUAGCAUUCUCUGCCUAUCUCCAGCAUGUGCAAGUUCGUCUGACAAAAGACAGUGCUGGCCAGACGCUCGGUCCCAGUUGGACUGCAAAAGAGGACGAACAGAUGGAGCUGGUGGUUCGUUUCCUCAAGCGAGCAUCAAGUAACCUUCAACAUUCACUGAGGAUGGUAUUACCUAGCCGACGAUUGGCACUUCUAGAGCGUAGAAGAAUCCUCGCCCACCAACUGAGUGACUUCAUCAUUGUGUACAACAAGGAAACAGAACAAAUGGCCGAAAAGAAGUCAAAGAAGAAACUUGAAGAGGAGGAGGAAGAUGGGGUGAAUGCAGAAAACUUUCAGGAAUUCAUCCGACAAGCAAGUGAAGCUGAACUUGAGGAGGUGUUGACUUUUUAUACCCAAAAAAACAAGUCUGCCAGUGUCUUCCUCGGGACUCAUUCUAGAAGUUCUAAGAACAGCAGUACUUAUUCUGAUAGUGGGACAAAAGGUGAUCACCCUGAGACAAUUCAAGAAGUGAAAAUGAAACAACCUAAACAACAACAGGCAGCAGAAUUCCACUCUGAUAAAUUAUCUCGAUUUACCAGUUCAGCAGGAAAAGAGACUAAAUUAGUCUAUACCAAUUGUUCCUCUGCUUCUUUCUCUGGUCCUGCUGCUGUUCUUCUGCAGAAAAUUCCCAGCACCCACUUGUCAUCUAUUAUUACAACCUCUGCCCUCUCAUCAUGUCCUGGCCACCGUUCUUCUUUAUCUCAAAUUUCUUCAGCUAUCCCCAGCAUGCCUCACCAGCCAACACUUUUACUGAACCCAGUCCCCAACAGUGCUUCUCCCUCCAUACAUCCUGGGACCCAGAACAUAAGCCCUGCUGGCCUGCCACGCUGUCGAUCAGGCAAUUACACCAUUGGCCCUUUUUCCUCCUUCCAAAGUGCUGCACACAUCUAUAGCCAGAAACUGUCUCGUCCCUCUUCAGCAAAGGCAGCAGGUUCAUGCCACCCACACAAGCAUCAUUCUGGAAUAGUCAAAACACAAAAAGAUGGUGAAGAUACUUCAUUCAACAGAAGGUACAACCAAAGUCUGGUUACAGCUGAACUCCAGUGGCUCGCUGAGAAGCAGGCAGCCAGGCAGUAUUCUCCAGCCAGCCACAUCAGUCUCCUCACCCAGCAGGUAACAAACCUGAAUUUGGCAAGCAGUGUCAUAAAAAGAAGCAAUGCUUCAACUCCCCCCAUCCUUCGACCUGUCAUCAGUCCCAGUGGGCAGACGUGGUCCAUACAGUCAGACCUCCACGCUCCCGAGAACCACUCCAGCCCCCCUGGAAGCAGGAGCCUCCAGACAGGUGGCUUUGCCUGGGAAGGAGAGGUAGAGAACAACGUGUACAGCAAGGCUACAGGGGUGGUUCCCCAGCACAAGUACCACCCCACAGCAGGCAGUUACCAACUCCAUUUUGCCCUCCAGCAACUUGAACAACAAAAACUUCAGUCCCAGCAGCUUCUGGACCAGAGUCGAGCCCAACAUCAGGCAAUCUUUGGCAGCCAGACACUACCUAACUCCAAUUUAUGGACAACGAAUAAUGGUGCAGGCUGCAGGAUUUCAAGUGCCACAGCUGGUGGCCAGAAGCCAAACACUCUGCCACAAAAAGUAGUGCCACCUCCAAGUUCCUCCUCCCUGGUUCCCAAGGCUCCAUCCAAUCACAAGCAAGUGCUCAGAAAGGCAACAUCCCAGAGGGCUUCCAAAGGGUCCUCUGCAGAAGGGCAGCCGAACAGACUCCAGAGCAACCUAAACCCUGCAGCCUUUAUACCCAUCACCAGCUCCACAGGAUCCUUGGAAGCACCCCAAGUUAUUUUUGCCAGAUCCAAACCCCUACCCACACAAUCUGGAGCCCUUGCUACAGUUAGAGGACAGAGAAAAUCAAAGUCCAUGAAGUCAGGGACAAUUUAAGGUAAUAGUAAGAAUAAGAGCAGAUUUUUGUCAUUAUCACUUUCUGACUGUGACACAGCAAAAGAUUUAGUAUCUAUCAAGAGAAGCAAUGGCUUCUUAAAGAGAUAGUGCAGAGGCCAGGAUAUGGCUCAGGGGUACAGCAUGUGCUCAGCAUGCCUGUAGCCCUGGGUUACACCCCCAGUACCAUAAAAGAACAAAAGGCAGUAAAAUUGGAACUUUAUAAAAACAAAGCACAGACAGACUCCCCAAAAACAAAGUCUGCUCCUAUAAUGUACUGGCCCCCCAGAAGGUGGCGCUGUGGCAGUAAGAACUUGCUCUGCUGUUGUUAGAGGCUUUUGUUUUAAAAUACAGGGUCUUUGAGACAACUCAAAGGACUAAAGCCAUAACUGAGUUUCACAGGUAAAGUAUGACAGAAUAUAUGGGAAAGCAUGCUGCUUGGAAGACCCAAUUGCAGUAGUCCCAAAGAGAAUGGAUAUUUAUUGUUAGAGAAGGCUUUUAGACUAGAGUUAGGUAGUUUGUGGACUCUGGGAUAAAUGGGAUGGAGUGGGAGCAAAAAUACUUUGUAAAGGUUUUGGUAAGGUUGAUAACUGUGGUUGUGGCUUAGUGUUUAAUGUGAAGAGACCCUGUAAUUGGUAUCAAAAGAAGCUCUAAAGCCUGUCCUACACCCAUCCACAAUAAGCCCAUACAUUGAAGGAAUUGUCAACCUGGACCUUGUGAAGCUGUGUCUUCACUUCACUAAUGCUGCCCUCAAGAUAAUACUGCACUGUAGCCUUCAAAGUUUCCCAAACGUGCUGUAAAGCAUCAAGGCUAUAAUGAUCCCUUUCUUCUUUGCUCGGCUCCACACACUAACAUUAAAGGCACACUUCCUAUGAGCGUAAUAUUCUUCUUACCUCUGGGGAAAUAUUUAUAAACUUAUUUGAGAAGCAUUAUUCAUUAAAAUACCCCAGGAGAGCAAAGGAGAAAGGAAAAUUAUUUACCCACCACAGGGUUCAUUUACAUUGGAUCAGAAAGCUUCAAAUAUCUUUCCCCAGCCCAUCUAAACUCUUUCCAGAAAGGAAUGAGAAGAAAGACGGGAACACAAAAUCCAUGGCUUGGUCAUCUACCAAAAUGUACCAGAGAAACCAAAAACAACCAGAGUCCUGCGGUGCUACUUAGCCAGUGGCCCUUUAAUGCUGAUACUAGGCACCCUCUCCCAUGAUGAUCAACUCAUAAAAUAUAGAAAACUAAAGUGAAAAGGUCAUUAUUUCCUUCAGGAGACUGGCAUCCAGAAGGAUGAAUGUGACAGCCAGCUCCAAACCAAACUGAUGGCCUGCCAAGAAGUACUCAAGUCCAUCCGCUUUCAGGGCUGUGAGACUUGGACCUGCACGGUUGUAAUAUUGCUUUUCCUAGCCUCUCUCCUAGUAUCCCCUGUGAUCCUCUCUGAAGGGAGCAUGGCAAUGUUGGGUAGUCAGCAAAGAAGCCUUGAGAAAGCCUUUCUCUUGAUCUGUUCUGUUGCAAACAGUCUUGAACCUGAGCUGUUCAUAGGCUAGGGAUAGCUGAGACAGGAAGACAACAUGCUAAGGGUCUUGAACAUAGGCCUAGAGUCACUCACAGUCUCAAAAAUCAACCGCCUACUUGUGGCACAGCUUCAGGGAAGUCCCACAAGCAGCCCGGCGUCCAGAGAUGGCAGUGGGUCAGGAGGCCACCUUCCUUGAACUGAGGAAUUGAGUAGUUGACAAAAUGAGGAAGCAGAAUCCCAGAGCCCUCCCAGCAGCAUUCUUCUUGUUGUGAAUACAGUGUAGACAACAGGAGUCCUUCAACUGCAGUCACCAGUGAGUGUCAUCAGUCCCGAUGGCAACCCUAGAAGCUCUUCAUGUGAAGAUUUAGAUUCAAGAACAUAGAGUGUAUUUGUUAAACAUGUUAUACAGUACCGGGAAGAUACCAGUUGUCCUCAUCAAAGAGCAGAGGGAACUAUGCUGAAGGAUAUUAGAAGCUAAAGCCUGUCCAAGACCCCUCUGUGUUGCCCCAGGCAAGUGGUACUUUCAAAUACAGCCAUUGUUCUUUGUGCUUAGAUUCUGUAUUUGUUUCUUUUGUUUCUGAUUGUCUAUAU